AUGCGCCGUUUCUGUGCUCUUCUACUCUUUCUAACUAGUGCUCACGUAGACGGUAGGUUUCGGUUCGACACGCAUGAACACGGUCUCCAGAGCUGACAAUAUGAGCGUGGCCUCGGCGGCCAAAUGACGUUUUCAUGAAUUGAGCACGUUUUCUCUGAUUUUUGUGCUCAAAGGCGAUGAAAAAUGAUUGUUCGACAUGAAAACACACUAAUUCUCGAGAAUUAACGACGUUUUGGCGCAUUUUUCGCGGACUUUUCUUUUUCGCCUUCGCCGCCGAUCGCCGCCUAAAAACCGCAUUUCUCAUUUUGCGCUUUCUUGACCGUUUUCAGACAGAAUUGGUUUUGAGAAUGAUAAAUCAGGUAAAUACAAGCAUUUUGAGCGCUCGAACCGCGAAAAUUACCGAAAAAGCAACUGAAAUUCACGCAGUUUUAGCCAAAAACCUUGAAACGGAUAAAUGUGAUUUGCGACUUAACGCUCUUGCGCUUAAAAAAUUCGUAAUGGCCUAUACAAUCGGUCUAUCGAGAGACAAAUAAGAAAUUAUCGGUUUUUCGUGGCUAAUCUGGCAAAAAACACAAAUUUUUCUGUUAAAAUUUGAAUUUCGCGCCAAUGUAUCGCUCUAUUGGGCGGAGCGCACUUGCGCCCAUUGUCCGCUCUGGAGACCGUGACGUGACAUCGCAUUUUCAGCUCAAUACUCGGACGCUUUUGCUCGCAAAUACUUUCCGCACAUAUUCGCGGCGACAGAAGCCGAAGACGCGUCGGCGUGUCUCGAUCAAGUGUUCGCCAACUAUGAGGUACGCUUUUUUGGUUGGUUCUCCGCACUGACUGAUUCACUGAAACAUUUCAGCUACGAAAGCACAUAAACGUGGUGUGCGACGAGACAGAGGGCAUCGACACGUGCUCGGGUCUCUCGUUCGCCUCGCACGACGAUAAGGCUAUUGUGUUGGCGUUUAGGUGAGCAGUACGUAGGCACGAAUGUUGCCAACUAUAUUAUUAUUAUCAACACGACUCUUGGUACCUAGCCACGGCGACCAAAAACGUAGAAAGGGGCGUGGCCUAGCAUGCACGGUUUUGUCAUCAUUUUGGCGCGAAAUUCGAAAUUUAACUUCAUUUUCAUGUUUUUCGUCAAAAUGGCCCAAAUUUUGUACGAUUUCGACGAUGUAAUUGCAUAACUUUGUUGAGCUAAUCAUCGCGCACUUUUUGAGCUAAAAAUGAGCAGGUUUCAUAGCAGAAAUAAAUUAAUUGAAUCGAUUUUAAGUUUUGUGCUGAAAAUGCGCGAAUUUCAGUCAUUCGCCGAUACUUUCUCGAAAAACGUGACUAGAUUUUCUAAUCUUUUGGUUAAGAAACUUUACUUACAUUUCUGAGAAUGUUUUCGAACCAAAAAGAAGUAGAGUGACAGCUCGCUUUCGCGGAAAAACCGAUAGUUUGCCGGAAAACAGUGAAAUUGCGUUGAAAAAAUUUUUUUUUUGCUUCUACGAACUGUCACUCUACUUUUUUUUGGUUCGAAAACAUUUACAGUCAUGUAAGUGAGCUAUUUAAACAAAAAAAUUAGAAAAUCUAGAGACGAUUUUUGAGGAAAUUUUUUUUUCAACGAAAUGUCACUGUUUUCCGGCAAAAGACAAAUUUUUACGCGAAAGCGAGCUGUCACUCUACUUUUUUUUGAUUCGAAGACAUUCACAGUCAUGUAUGCGAACUUUUUAAAUCAAAAGAUUAUAAGAUCUAGAGACGUUUUUCGAGAAAUCGUAUAUUUUCUGAAUAAAACCUUACUUUCACUUACUUACGCGUUUCUUGUCAUCGCAUCGACUUCUUUUCGCGUAUUACUUCAUCUGCAAACUGUAAAAAAGUCUAAUUGAGGUAGAAAGCAGAGAAAAACGCUUUAAAGAGAUGAAUAUUUAGAGAAAAUUCAUCAACAACUAAAAAAAUGAACUUUGCGCGUAACAUAAAAUGCACUGUACGCAGAGCAACACCGACGCGCAAAAAUGCAUACCAUUUAGCUGCGUAUGUUGCGAAAGCCGCGCCGUGGUGCCUAGGCCAAUUCGGCAAACAGAAAAAUGCGUGUACGACCACAUAUUUCAGAGGAACAAAGGGAAAGUUGCAGUUGCUCGUGGAGGCGGACGAGAUUUUGUACAGAAAUAAAGUGAGUGCGCCACGGUCUCCAGAGCUGACAAUGGGCGCAAGUGCGCCCCGCCCAAUAGAGCGAUACAUUGGCGCGAAAUUCAAAUUUUAACAGCAAAAUUUGUGUUUUUUGCCAGAUUAGCCACCGAAAACCGAUAAUUUCUCAUUUGUCUUUCGAUAGACCGAUUAUAUAUGCUAUUACGAAUUUUUUCGACGAAAGAGCGUCAAAUUCUGUCAAGUCGCAAAUCACAUUUAUCCGUUUGAAGGUUUUUGGCUAAAACUGCGUGAAUUUCAAUUGCUUUUCGGUAGUUUUCGCGGUUCGAGCGCUCAAAAUGCUCGUAUUUACGUGAUUUAUCAUUCUCAAAACCAAUUCUGUCUGAAAACGGUCAUUUUUCAUCGCUUUUGACCACAAAAAUCAGAGAAAACGUGCUCAUUUCAUGAAAACGCCAUUUGGCCGCCGAGGCCACGCCCAUAUUGUCAGCUCUGGAGACCGUGCGCGCAAAACCAGAAAAAUGUAUGUGCAGACCGCGUGGUACGGAGGCGGCAACGUCGGUUUUUACUUUGCCCGCGCGUUCAACCUCAUCUGGAGCAGCGGAAUGAAGGACGAUUUCAACACGCUCAGCCUCAAGUACCCGGGCUACGAGAUCUGGGUGAGUGACUAGACACAAGCGACACUCGAUGACUGGCCCUCAUUUCAGGUCGGCGGUCACUCGCUGGGAGGCUCCAUGGCCGCUCUCGCCGCCAACUACCUCGUCUUCAACCGACUCGCCACCGCGUCCAACCUAAAAAUGAUCACGUUCGGCGAGCCGCGUACCGGCGACAAAGCGUUCGCGGACAUUCACGACACAAUGGUGCCCUACUCGUACCGUGUGAUCCACAAAAAAGACGUUGUGCCGCACGUGCCGCUGAACGGAAUGGCCGCGUUUCGUCAUCAUCGCAACGAGGUGUGGUACAACAACGACAUGUCGACGGCGGAUUUCAAAGAGUGCGACGCGCAGGAGAGCCCGCUCUGCUCGGAUUCCCAUCUCGACUGGAUGAUUGGCGAUCAUCAUCGCUAUUUCGGAAUGUACAUGACCUAUUACGGCCGCAGAAAUUGUACGGGCGAUCCGGCGAAUUAGUCGAUAAAUUUGAAUGCAAAAGCUUGUCCCCCCUCCCAAUUGUGUGUGUCCUUUUGCCAAAAUCGUUCCGUCAUCUGUCUUUCCCGCUCCUCCACGAUUCGAUUCAUCAAAACAAAAGUCGAGCCAAUUACGGAAAUUGUGUGCGCGCCGCCGUCUCGGCUGUUCGAAACGGGGUUUGUGGGUGUGGGUGUGAAUGUGUGCCGGGUAAUAAAAAAGCAUUAACGCUUCCGCCUCAACACCCUUUCCGUUGUCUUUUGUGUAAAUCUGGGCAAGCUCGGCGCCGAAUCUUGUCAUCAUUACUUCUCAAGAAGCUCCUUGAGAGAAGAAGCGAGCAAAACGACGUGCUGGAAAAGGUUUCACACCGCCCCGACAUACACACACACAAAAGGAGCGUUCUGGGUCUCUGCCGCACUUCACACUCCCUCCGCCCUCCCUUUUCAUAUAUUCAUAAAUCGGUGACAAAAGAUGGGCAUCCGCAGAAGCGUGUCCUCCCUUUUCCGAAGAAGAAUUCUUCCUCUUUCUCUCCCAACCUAUCUUCUUCUUCUUCUUCUCUCCUUGUUUUCAGACGCAACAUCGUGUUCCGUUCCUGUAAAGUUCGCCCGCUGAAACUGAUAUUGUAGCUUAGCUUUACAAUCGACAGGCUGACUUCCUCUUCCGGAAACUGAUAUUGUAGCUUUACAGACAAAAGCGCUCUGACGCUCUCACGCAUUUGGCUCUGUUUCUGAGCUCGAGCAAAAAAAGUACAUGUGUUCGCUCUUUUCGGUGGUGCCAUUCAUGAUAACGAUGAGCCCCGGGCGGCGGCUCCUUCUCUCUCUCUCUCUCUCUCUCGCUUUUCCCAUCCAUCGAUGAUUGAUGAGUCGGCUCGUUUGCGACCCUUAAGCACCGGGGUGGUACCCCGUUUGCAAACGAGCAACGGACCGCCCUUGUUCGUGUUCUUUUUCGCCUCCAAUUCGGUUCGGAUUCACUCGACACCUCUCUGUUCGCCAUCCGCGUCUGCUCAAAGGCGAAACGAGUCAAAAUGCGGCAGAAACGCGCAGGUGCCAAGCAGUGUUGAGCGGAAUUCCGUCUUCCGUCUUCCGUCUUCCGUGGAUUUUUCUGUUCCGUCUUCCGUCUUCCGUCUUCCGGGAGAAAAAUUGUCUUCCGUCUUCCGUUUUCCGUUUUCCGUAAAAAAUUUUUCUUCCGUAUUUCAAAAUUCCAUUUCCGCUCAACGCAGGUGCCGAGCAGAGUUGAGCGGAAUUCCGUCUUCCGUGGAUUUUUUCUUCCGUCUUCCGUUUUCCUAAAAAAAAUUUUCUUCCGUCUUCCGGAAUUUUUUCUUCUUACCGUAAAAGAGUAAUAGCUUUUCAGAAGCCAUUUACAGGCCCCGAAGAGCGCGAAUUUCCACGCACAGUGACCCAGAUCCAAAAUUUUUGUUGCUUUAAUUAUUUUUUUCACAAAAAAAAACCGGAGAAAAAGGUUCUGAAUUGACAAUUUUUUUGUUCCGUCUUCCGUCUUCCGUUUUCCGUAAAAAAAUUGUCUUCCGUCUUCCGUUUUCCGUGUUCCGUAAAAAAAAUUGUUUUCCGUCUUCCGUCUUCCGUUUUCCGUAAAAAAAUUGUCUUCCGUCUUCCGUUUUCCGUGUUCUGUAAAAAAAAUUGUCUUCCGUCUUCCGUCUUCCGUUUUCCGUAAAAAAAAAUUGCCUUCCGUCUUCCGUCUUCCGUCUUCCGUGUUCCGUUUUCCGUCAAAAAAAUUGUCUUCCGUCUUCCGUCUUCCGUUUUCCGUAAAAAAAAAUUGUCUUCCGUCUUCCGUCUUCCGUCUUCCGGCGUUUUUUCAAAAUUCCAUUUCCGCUCAACGCAGGGUGCCAAGUGGAACGGAAUGUCCUCAAACUCUCUGCGGGAAUCGUUGUGCCCCGUCGGCCCAACCGCACACCCGUCAUCAAUCCGUCAAAACGCAAACGGAUUCUUUGCGAGAGCACUCUUUCUCUCACUUCAUCACUCAUUUCACAUUUCAUCCGCCCAGUCGCGUCUGGUCCCUCUUCCUCUUUUUACUAGAUUUUAUUAACAUGUGGAAUGCUUUUUGAAGUGCGGACCCCCUCCCUGAGAGCUUAAUGAAGUUGAGAGACUCUCCCAAACAUCUGUCUUUUUCUUCUUCUUCUUCCUCUUCUUCUUCCUCUCUCUCUUCUGUGUUUGCAGACAAAUUUAUUACUCUGAAUAAGGCCCGUGUUUGUCUAGGGAACGCACGAUUCUGAAGAAAAGCCGAGGAGGUCGUGAUCCGAUUUUUCUUUUCAACCACCCCGAGGACCUUUGGUUUUACAGUUAUUUUCAUCCGAGAAUGUUAGUCUUUUGCUACCGGUCUUAGAAACUUUUUCCUUCUUUUUGAACCAAUAGGUUAGAAACUGAUUAUCUUUGAACGCCUAUAUCUCAAGAACCAAUGAUUAUUAUAAAAAGCUGUCAAGAGAAAAAGUGUUGCAAAUUUUGUGCCAAACAACUUUGUAAUUGACACUUUUACUCCAAAACGUGUCGCGUUUGAGUUAUACGUUCAUUUCUCAGACAAUGCCUUUUAGAGACUGUUAGGACCUGGUUUAAGGUCUCCUAUCUUUGAACGCCUAUAUCUCAAAAACCAAUGAUAAUCUUAAAAAAUUGUCAACUGAAAACUUGUUGCAAAUUUGGUUCCAAACAACUUUGUAAUUGACACUUUUACUCCAAAAUCAUUCAUUCUCAAGUUAUACGCAAACUUGCUCAAUUGCACAUAUUUCAGAAUCCUGGACCGCUCUACAACUUGUUCAUCACCAUCCCAUCGAAAUGUUCGCAGUGGAGACGCCUCGAAUAUUGGUAAGCAAAGGUUUAGGCGCCGAAAAUCAAGUAUUCAAAUGUGAAAAGUUGGGUUAUUCAAUUCAAUAAUAUUCCUUCUUCCGUCCCUCCCCCCUUUCCUUUCUUUCUUCCAUCGCGUUUCCCACGGUACGCCAAAGAGGGUCCUCUUCUUCUUCUUCUUCUUCUUCUUCUCCUUCAUUUUCGUCGUCCCCGGCCGUCCGUUGCUCAUCAUUCGGAAGAAGAGCCCAUGCAUUACUGGGGGCUUUACUCACUAUUCCACUAAAACUCGACCAUAUAUGUAUGUAUGUACCAGAGUUGAGCGCGGAAGAGCUCAACGCAAGAACACGGAAGAAUUUUUAUCUUUUUUAGAAAAUUUUUUCAUGAAAUGUGAUCAACUGACGAAAUGUAGAGCAAAAUGAACUGUGCUCAUAGAAAAAUAAUUGUAAAUUUAGCUUUUCAUACAAAAAAGUUAUUCGAGUUGUUCCGUGAAAAAAGGGGGCUAACGGGGAAGACGGAAGGAAUAACUUUUUUGUAUGAAAAGCUAAAUUUACAAUUAUUUUUCUAUGAGCACAGUUCACUUUGCUUGACAUUUCGUCAGUUGAUCACAUUCCAUGAAAAAAUUUUCUAAAAAAGAUAAAAAUUGUUCCGUUGAGUUCUUCCGCUCAACUCUGGAGCGAAGGGUUCCGAUCGGGCCCCACAACUUGGCCGGUCAGUUUCGGGCCGUGGCCCGCGGCAACCAGACUCUGGAUAAACCUGUAAAAGCAUUGUCGAGGGGCCCAAACACUCAUUCUCAAUAUUUUGAAUCUGAAAACGGCGGGCGGGCGGGCGGGCGGGCGCGCGCAUAUGAAUUUCCAAGAGCCUCGGGCGGUGUCUGUGUCUCCGCCCGCUUCUCGCUCUUCGCCCCCAAUUUUUGUAGUUUCGAUUGGCCGAAUACUCGCGCGAAGCAUCACUCACUUGUUCGUGUUAUCAGUGGAGCGCACAUGCAUCUCGCAACGUGGCAUGACUAGACAUUGCGUUUCUGCGUUUUUUCCCGCAUCUAGUGAGCUUACUUUUUAGCCUCUUUAGGCGAAUAUUUGCAAGCUCCCAAAUUAAGCUAGAAGCAUGAAAACCUUUAAAAAAAUGAAGUCUAUACCCGCCGCCCGCUGCUCUUCGCCUCUUUUCUACGCUUCGCCUCUUCCGAUUGGGACUGUUUGCUCACAGAAUCGAGAGAGAAAGAGAGAGAGAGAGAGAGAGAGAGAGAGAGAGAGAAGGAGUAGCUAAAGGCACAAGGUCUUUCCACUUUUUGGACAAAUAGAGACACUCUCUCUCUCUCUCUCUCUCUCUCUCUUUUUCUGUCCUGCUUUCGCUCGCCUCACCUCCAACUCCGUCCCUUUAUUUACUUCUCCCCCCCCUCCCCCCAUUCCUACCUUACCUUACCUUUUUUUGGCCCCGUGCCUAACGGUAUCAUCGUUCUCUUGUGAAACGCUCAAUUCAGUACGGUUCCGCUCCCAUGCACACACCUGUUCUCGGGGGGGGGGGGCAUUUUUCAUUGACGCAGGUGGCUUGAUUGCGCAAAAAAGUCGAGCACUUUUGUGCCACCAGAAUGCGCACCACUAGCGGUACGAAUUUUACGAAAAUUAAAAAAUAAUUUAGCUUCAACCCCCAAACCGGAAAAACCGCACGGUUUUCUGUCGAAAGUCGGCCGAAAUUUGCGUGAAAAACGGCUGAACGAAUAUGUAACCGUGCCCCUAAAACUACGGUAUUUUUUGAAAAUUUCUUGCUAAUUUCUUAAGGAUAUUUGAAAAUAUUCAAAUUUCUUGCGCAAAUUUUCAAAAAAUACCGUAGAAUUUGUAUCUUUUUUAGAAAAUUUUUUCAUAGAAUGUGAUCAACUGACGAAAUGUAGAGCAAAAUGAACUGUGCUCAUAGAAAAAUAAUUGUAAAUUUAGCUUUUCACACAAAAAAGUUAUUCCUUCCGUCUUCCCCGUUAGCCCCCUUUUUCACGCAACAACUCGAAUAACUUUUUUGUAUGAAAAGCUAAAUUUACAAUUAUUUUUCUAUGAGCAGCGUUCACUUUGCUAUACAUUUCGUCAGUUGAUCACAUUUCAUGAAAAAAUUUUCUAAAAAAGAUAAAAAUUCUUCCGUGUUCUUCCGCGCUCACCCGCGUUUUUAACGCAAAUUUCGGCCGAGUUUUUACAGAAAAACCUGUAGUUUUUUCCGGUUUUUCCGAGACAUUGAACGCGCGGCAUCAUCAACGAUUUUUAACCGUUUGCGAGUGGAAAUCGUGGAAUCAAGGCUCGUCGAACCGCCAACACACUUGAAUGGUCCCCCGCGCGGGCGAGCAUCACGAUGAUAUUCUCGAGAGCCACCUCUUCGGACCUCUUCACAUUCAUUCAUUUUGUGGUGCUCUCUUCGCUCGCUCUUCGCCAGUCUCGGAAAUCGUUCCGAUAUUGUCCGAUUGGCUCGUUUUCGACACGCGAAUUGCUGAAGGCUUCCACGCAAGAAUUUUUAUCUUUUUUUGAAAAUUUUUUUAUGGAAUGUGAUCAACUGACGAAAUGUGCAGCAAAGUGAACUGUGCUCACAGAAAAAUAAUUGUAAAUUUAGCUUUUCAUACAAAAAAGUUAUUCGAGUUGUUGCGUGAAAAAAGAGCUAACUUUUUUGUAUGAAAAGCUAAAUUUACAAUUAUUUUUCUAUGAGCACAGUUCACUUUGCUUGACAUUUCGUCAGUUGAUCACAUUUCAUAAAAAAAUUUUCAAAAAAAGAUAAAAAUUCUUCCGCGACCCCCACGACCACCCAUGCAGCUGCUACAACUAUUGUACAUCCAGCUCUCUCUAUUUAUUUUAAUCGUGUCUCGUCCAGCCCCCCCCCCUUUAACGGUCUCGAAAGCGGCGGCCGAUCGGGCGGUUGCUCUCUGUUAACAUUUCGGGUCGUCGCUUCUUCUUCUUCUUCUUGUGUACCGUCCGUACCGCGGUAUGCUCUCUCUCUCUCUCUCUCUCUCUCUCUCUCUCGCAACCGUUCACUCUCUCGUCAUGCACUUGAUUAGACAUUGAUAACAAGACAUCACGCGCGCGAGAGAGAGCUGUAUGUACAUGUGUCUUGAGCGUAUUCUCUUUUUUUGUUUCCUAAUGGAAUUCUCCACUCGCCGCCACACAUAGUCUUGGGCCUCCUAAUUGCAUUAUCGGCUGCGAGCGAAAGCUUCGCAAAGAAUCCUUCCCUUAACUUUUUAGGCAAUUGUGCAAUUCUCCAUGUCGUCUCUCGUUUUGUCCGCAUCAAUCACAAGCCAUUAGCACCGAUUUUAGUAGGACACGGUCGUCGAAGGCCGCUGCUCCACCACCACCAUUUCCACACAAAAAGUAUUGGAUUUCUGCCGCCGUGUAAUUCUAUAUGAAUCGAGAUUGGCGGACCUUCACAUGCUCUUCUUCUUCUUCUCUCUCUCUCUCUCUCUCUCAGCUGUGUGCCUUCUAUGUUUGAACUGUCCUAUGGUACCAGAUGUUCGGCAGCUUGCGCAAGUUUGCACACCAUCGGCAUUUUCAUUUUUGUUAAGGGACCCCGAUAUUUGAAGACUUAUAUCUCGGCAACCAAUGACUAUUUGUAAAAGUUGUUAACGACAAAUAUGUUGCAAAUUUUGUGCUCAGCAAGUUUGUAAUUGACAGUUUUACUCCAAACCGCUUCGUUUUUGAGUUAUACGCUCAUAUCUCGACAAUGCCUUUUCGAGACCUGUAUCUCUAAAACUAUUGUCUAUUUCAAAAUGUCGUCAACUGAAAAGUUGCCGCAAAUUUUGUGCCCAACAAUUUGCGCAUUUCCAAAACCAUAAAACUUGCGCCCACACGGCUGUCUUUACGAUCGUUUGUUUCAAAACUGUUCAAUGUGAACGAAAACGGCUCACAAGUGAUGCGACAAUACUUCCAACCUCUAACAAAAUCUGAAAUUUCCAAGUCCCCGCCUAGAAACAUGAGUAGAGGUGUGCCCCACACACACCUUUCUCUUUUUCCCUUCUUCCUUUCGCUUUUCCCAUAUCGAAUUUCAGCUUCUUCUUCUUCUUCUUCUCCUUCUCCCCUCUAUUUGCUCUCACUUUCUAUGAUUUUAUGAUAGUCCUUUGCUUCGCUCGAUUGUAUGACUAUGUGUGUGUAGUUAGUGACUAUUCCUAUUCAUACAUGAAAGGAAGGUGAAUAGAAAGAAGAAGAAGCUCCCCUCCUCCCAAUUAUUCAUGUACUUGCUCCAAGUUUCUAUUGUUGCAAAGUGCUCGCGCGCAGAUGGUCCUUUCGAGUCGAAAGUUUGAGAGUGUCUCGGCACCGCCCCGCACCGCCCAUGUUUCUUAUCUGAGCUGAUAAGAGCCAAUGACAUACAAUAUCAUCUACUCGUUUUCUGCCGCCGCUCAACUACUCAAUUAUUACAAAUCUCUCCGUCGAGCUCUCCCUCUUUUAUGCCCCCCCCCCCUGUUCAACAGCCGUCCAUCCCACAUCAUACCCAGUUUUUAGUUUUUAUAGACCUGUUACAACAUCGCUUUUUGCGUCGUUCCUCGUUAAAACUUGUCAAGAAUCUGCAUUUGCAGACAAUGGAUCCGGCGAUGUUUCCCGGAGCGUCGGCCGCCACCUACCUCUCCUAUCCGCAGCAGCAGCCGACGUCAGCAGGUAGCCUUAUUAUUACACACACACUUUGACACUUGAUAGUUGAACUUUCUUGCAGAUUAUCUCGGAUCGUACGCAGUCCAGGCGGCCACGUCGAAUAGAAAUGCGAACGGGUGAGUGAAAGCGAUUUAUCGCAAUUGUGGGUAGAGAUCGCAAAAAGUUGUCAACUAAUAAAAUGUUCAUUAAACCAGUGUGCAUAUUUUGUUAGUUGAACACUUUUUGAUAUCUUCAACCACAGCCGAGAUAAAAUGCUUUGAAUUGAGGGGGGCAAUGUAUCUUAGCGGCGAGUGAAGAUAUCAAAAAGACGUUAAAGGACCAGGGAACCCAAAAAUUUUUUGAUUUUUUUGUGAAAUUUUUUUGUGACUGCUUGAAUUGUCUCUUAUUGCCACUCAUACACUCGUGAAAUGCUGCAUCUCAAAAAUGCCAAUGGACGAAACGGCGUGCAGUUGAAGUUGUGGCCGUGGCCUAGCGCCAAUGGCCGAAAAAUAUAUAAAAAUAAAUGCGCUUCUCGGCCAUUUUAUUUUUUCCGCUUUUUUACCGGUUUUUUUCCAAAAAUUCACAGUUUCUCCUAUUUUGGCACUUCAUAUCGACUGAAUGAAAACAAUUUUUUAGCAGUGAAAAAAUAAGUAAGUGCCGAACAAAUGUCAAUCAACUGAAAAAUGGAAGAAACCGUGAAUUUUUGGAAAAAAACCGGUAAAAAAGCGGAAAAAAUAAAAUGGCCGAGAAGCGCAUAUUUCUAGGCCAUUGGCGCUAGGCCACGGCCACAACUUCAACUGCACGCCGUUUCGUUCCUUGGCAUUUUUGAGAGGCAGCAUUUCACCAGUGUAUGAGGCAAUUAGAGACAAUUCAAACAGUCACAAAAACAUUUCACAAAAAAAACAAAAAAAUUUUGGGUUCCCUGGUCCUUUAACUGAUAAAAUGUACACAAUUUUUUGCAGCUCAUCGGCGUCGUCAACGAUCGGGCUCGGCGAGCACCUCGGCGACCCGAGCUCGUCGAGUUCUCCGCGCGAGAACUCGCCGAACGCGACGAACCUCGUGCUGACGAUACGACUUUUGAUGCAGGGCAAGGAGGUCGGCAGCAUAAUCGGCAAAAAGGGCGAUCAGAUCAAGAAGAUCCGCGAGGAGUCGGGCGCGAAAAUCAACAUUUCGGACGGCUCGUGCCCCGAACGCAUCGUCACAAUCACCGGCACGCUCGGCGUCAUCGGCAAGGCGUUCAACAUGGUGUGCAACAAGUUCGAGGAGGACAUGCUCCUGCUGCCCAACUCGGUUCCCAAACCGCCCAUCACGAUGCGGGUGAUCGUGCCGGCGACGCAGUGCGGAAGUCUCAUCGGAAAGGGCGGCAGCAAGAUCAAGGACAUCAGAGAGGUACCCACCCGCCCUCCGUCUUCUGUUCGCUCAAAAAUCGAUAAACGCUUUUUUCAGGCGACGGGCGCCUCGAUCCAAGUGGCCUCGGAAAUGCUGCCGCACUCGACAGAACGCGCCGUCACACUAUCGGGCACCGCCGACGCAAUCAACCUGUGCAUGGCACAAGUGUGUCAGAUUCUGCUCGAGGUAACAUUUCUGUUGACACUUCUCUGCAUGGCCGAUUAAUAUAGUCGUGACGAAGAGAGAUGGAGAGAGAGAGUAUGUGCACAAAUGAUAAUGAAUGUCAAUCGAAUGUGUAUCAAUGUGAUAAUAGAAGUCAUGAUGCGAUCAAUCGAUACCGGGCGGAAUUGUGAGGGAUCGCACGGCGACCAAAAGUGUAGAAAGGGGCAUUUGGCGCCAAAUUCAAAAUUUAACCCCAUUUUUCAUGUUUUUCGCCAAAAAUUACUCAAAUUUUGUACGAUUUCGACGAUGUAAUUGCAUAACUUUGUUAAACUAAUUAUCGCGCGCACUUUUAGAGCUUAAAACGAGCAGGUUUCAUAGCAGAAAUGAAUCAAUUGAAUCGAUUUUCAAGUUUUGUGCUGAAAAUGAGUUUUGUGCUGAAAAAUUGCCGCAAUUCCAGCACUUUUCCGAUAUUUUUGUGUUUGAUAUCGACAAAAGACGGCAUUAAACAAAGAAAACAUUGAAAUUUUCGUGAAAACGCCGCGUUUGAGACGUUUUUGGCAUAUUUCGCAGUACGCUCUCCGCGGAAAUCGCCGCCGCAAUUUCGGAAUUUUCAUACCGGCCGAUCUGGAUAGUUUUGAGACGAAGUGAGUGUCGGAAGUGAUUAAGCACGUUAAUACAAGUAUUUUAAGCGUUCAAACGGCAAAAAGUAUCGGCGAAUGACUGAAAUUCGCGCAUUUUCAGCACAAAACUUGAAAAUCGAUUCAAUUGAUUCAUUUCUGCUAUGAAAUCUGCUCGUUUUCGGCUCAAAAAGUGCGCGCGAUGAUUAGUUUAACAAAGUUAUGCAAUUACAUUGUCGAAAUCGUACAAAAUUUGGGUAAUUUUUGAGACGAAAAACAUGAAAAAUGGGGCUAAAUUUCGAAUUUCGCGCCGAAAUGGUGACAAAACCGUGCACGCUAGGCCACGCCCCUUUCAACGUUUUUGGUCGCCGUGACAAUGUCUUAAUGAAUAUUUUAUUAGUUGACAAAUUUUUGCCAUCUCUACAGUGACUUGAGAUAAAUUGGUUUGAGGAGGAUAUAAACCGAUUCAUUUUAUGCUUUUGAAAGUCUUGUCAUACUUUUCCUGUCUCGUCGAAUAAAAAAUGAUUCCAGGCUCCUCCAAAAGGCGCGACAAUAACGUACCGCCCGAAACCGACGUUCAACCCGCUGGCGAUCGCCUCCUCGGCCGCCACAAUUGCCGCGCAACAACAACAGGCUCAGGCACAACAGCAAUUGGCGGCAGCCGCACUUUUGGGCAACGGACAGGUACCUUUUUGCAAGGCACGGCGACCAAAAACGUAGAAAGGGGCGUGGCCUAGCGUGCACGGUUUAUCACCAUUUUGGCGCGAAAUUCGAAAUUUAACCCCAUUUUUCAUGUUUUUCGUCAAAAUGACCCAAAUUUUGUACGAUUUCGACGAUGUGAUUGCAUAACUUUGUUAAACUAAUCAUCGCGCGCACUUUUUGAGCUUAAAACGAGCAGGUUUCACUCAGAAAUGAAUCAAUUGAAUCGAUUUUCAAGUUUUGUGCUGAAAAUGCGCGAAUUUCAGUCAUUCGCCGAUACUUUUUGCCGUUUGAACGCUUAAAAUACUUGUAUUAACGUGCUUAAUCACUUCCGACACUCAUUUCGUCUCAAAACUAUUCAGAUCGGCCGGUAUGAAAAUUCCGAAAUUGCGAAAUAUGUCAAAAACGUCUCAAACGCGGCGUUUUCACGAAAAUUUUAAUGUUUUCUCUGUUUAAUGUCUUCUUUCGUCGAUAUCAAACACACAAAUAUCGGAAAAGUGUGCUGGAAUUGCGGCAAUUUUCAGAAAACGCGUCUCAGAUUAGGCCACGCCCCUUUCUACACUUUUGGUCGCCGUGCAAGGGGUCUAUCGGGAAAAGGUCUCUCAAAAAGGCAGUGUUCAGGGUGUGCAAAUUCAACAGCAGCAUCUCGUCACGAAUCUAUUGCAACAACAGCAGUUGGCCGCCGUUCAGCAAGAGGUUCGUCGUCUUGUGAACACAAUUUCUGCACAGUACGGGGGGGGGAGGGCACUUUCAUACAGUAUCUUCAUAGGAACAAAAAAAUGUUGCUCCCCGUCUCGGCAUGACGUGUUUUGCCCUCAACCUGUCCCCUCAUCCAUCUGUUUUUCUCCUUCUCUCGCUGGUUUCACACUCUGUACAAAGCACGCCCCCCCGCCCCAACGCCUCCCCGUCUUUUUCUUUUGGAUAGUCGUUUUCAGCUGGCCGCCCGUGCCGCACUCUUCAACCAGCAGCUUCUGAUUCAGCCCGGAACGACGCAACAACAAAACUCGCAAGGCGCUCAAGGUUUGUCCACAUUCGUUUCUCAUUUAUUCUCUCUCUCUCUCUCUUUCUCUAUCUAUCUCUAGCCUACCGUAAUCCAACCUAGACAUCCCGCUCCUUUUGUCCUCCCCUGGCUGGCCUAAGAAUUUCCUAGGCCCCUCCUCUACCCCACCUCACUUUUUACCCCCCUCCUCUCAAAAAAAAAUCUUUCCGUUUACCUCCCCCAAAAAGAGUGAUUUUAGUUGCCCCAUCCAAUCAAACCUAGCUUUUUUUAUCCCUCUCGGACACCGAAAAUCGCAAGCACACACACACACACACACACACAUUUUUAAGUUCAGUGUCCCGCCCUCGGAGUGUCCUUUCCAAACUUUUGUCCCUUUCAAAGAAAAGUACGUGUUCUUUAUGUGUAAAGUGUUCAAAAAGUGGGUUUGCAAGUGCGCUUUAUCGGAAAUCGAUCGAUUGAAAUUAGCGCACUCGCGCCACGGUCUCCCAGGGCGCUCGCAAAUUGCGGAGUGUCGUUGUAACUUUUUGAAAAUUUGCAGGUCUAAAAAUGCAGUUCAAUUCGAGUUUACGACCUUUAUUUCUUUCUUUUUGACUUGAAAAACGUCUAGAAAACAUUAUUUUACUGAUUUGAAACCGUUCUUUACAGAAUUUAGAGUUUUUCAUGUUUUUAGCGCCAUUUUCGCAUUUCGUCAAAACUUCAAACCUUUAUAUUUCAGCUCAUUUUGCAUUUCAUGAGCCCAACGAACGAUAAAAAUGUUCGCUGAAUUUUUCUUCACAAAAUUCAGGUUCCGGCGGUUAGUUUUCUUGAGCAGCUUUCGAAAACUAUUCGAAAAACAUCAAAAUCCAGACCAAACCUUCAAAUCUAAAUAACGCGGCUAAUUCUCAACGAUAUGCAAGAUUUCUGUUACCAAAACGUAGCUAGUGCUCUAAUUAUUCGAAUCCAGGUUCCAGGCGUACAAAAAAAUAGGUGUAUUGUACAGAAAACAUGGAAAGAACGCGAACUCCCGUUAAAAAUUAAUUAAUCGACCGCCGCGUAAAUCGACACAGCCCGCCUGUUGCAAGUGCGCCCCAUUGAAAUCAUUCGCGCCGUGGGAGACCGUGACUCGCACGUCGCUCAUUUCCAUUUCAAAUGGCAAAAGAAUGGCGACGCCCCCUCUUAGUAAAUGGCAAUAUAUUUGCAGAGCUCUACCUGGGACAAAAUGGGCUGAUUUACAACGCGGCGGGGCAGCAAAUGGGCGCCGACGGAAAGCCGAUGGAUGCGGGCGCGGCGGCCGCCGCCGCCGCCCAAUGGCAGACUUAUGAUGUGGCGGCCGUGCAACAGCACCAGCAGCAGCAGCAAUUGCUCAAUCAGUAUGCGCAGAGGUGAGCUUUCCACGUUUCUCGGUGUAAAAUCGAUAUUGUAAAUGUCUAGUUAGAGAAAAGUGUGGCCUAAUAUUCGGAAAUUUUUGAGGCAAACGCGCACAGGCGCGCGGUCGUUCGACGGAAUUCUAGGCCACGAAAGCGCGCGAAGUAAAAGAUCGGAAAAUGAGGUUAAAUCAACAGCUUCUUCGAUAAUAUUCGUCUAAAAUCUCGAUCACCUCGCAAAUUGGUACAAGAACGUGAUUUUCCCGCGCUUCUUGCGUAGUUAACUCGAAAAUUGACCGGAAAACACGUUUUGUCGAGCUAUUCCUCAAAAAAGUCGAUAAAAAUCAAAUUUCACAAACUUCCGUGGCCUAGAAUCGUCGAAAAAUGAAAGAGCGACCGCAAGUUGUGCGCCGGAGCGCAAAAUGAACCGUUUGCUCAGAAAGAAUGCAUGUUUUUGCUGGUUUUUCAUUUCUCUUCCCUUCUGUCCACACACGAUCACUCUUUCGGCCGACCGAACCAACCAUUUUCCAUUUUUUUAGUAUGCUUAUCGGCGCGCCGUUCAUGAAAGGCGGUCCGACGCCGCCGCAAAGCGGGAACACGUCGGCGGGCGGCGGCGGCGGCAAGACGACGUCGUCAACGGGCGGCGCCGGAUCCGGAGGCGCGACGACAUCACAGCGAUUCCAUCCCUACUAA